GCGUGCCUAACUCAACCUGUCAAUUAUCUACUGCGGCCCAUGAGCUAUGACCUUUCAAACUUCCCAGCGUACUAAGAAAUAGAAUCAACAACCACCAAAUUGUGCUCGGCUUGGGGAGAGAAAGAAGGAAAUCCCGUGCUUGGAACAUCGCGUGUUUUCGUCGCAUCUCCUUCGUUAUAAAGGACUUUAAUAGUCUCUCACACUUAACAACUACAAUGACACAGUUUCGCGGGCUAUGGAUACCUUGUUUACUCUCAUAUAUGGCGUGUUUAUGGACUGGCUAUGUGGAAGCUAACGGCUUGAGCUGUUCAAAGUCUCUAGGAAUAGGAACGCCGGCGAAACCCGUCUAUGCAUUACAAGGCUCGGCGCCGCAAAUAUGCGUGAGCGAAAAAACAUGCUGUACAAAUCAAAUGGAAAACACGCUGAGGCGAAAAGCUCUAGCCAAAAUGAAGGCGAGCAUCGUCAGGAAGCUAGAAGGUCGAAAAGAUUCGACUAGAUCGUUACGCGAAGACAUCAAAGGUUACUUCAAGAGUGUUGUGCAGGACGGCCAUCAGCACAGCUUGCAGUUCCUUAGCACUUCAAACGUGAACCUCUCGCGCGCGGGACGCCCGCUCCUCGCGAGAUUCUUCCAGCGCGUGGAACUCUCCAUCGACAACGAGAACGUGAACCUUACGGAUGUUGUCCUGGAGUUCUUCCGUGGUUCAUUUCCUCUCUUAUACAAGUACGCUUCGGGAAGAUCUGAACAUCUUUCCUCUCGCUACGAGAAGUGCCUUCGGGAUCGCAUGGAGGACAUCCAGCCAUUUGGCGACCACCCGAAGCAGAUUGCGAACGGGCUGAUCGAGGUGAUCAAGCCUGUACAGGUGUAUCUUGACAGCUUGACAUUCGCGAUGAAGAUCAUAGAUGGGUCACGGCUGCUCAGCUUCACUACUGGAUGCGACCCUGUGCUCUUACAGAUGACCUACUGUUCCUUGUGUAAGGGUUUAUCCGAAACGUUAAAGCCAUGUCACCAGUACUGUCUGGAAGUGAUGGAGAAGUGCUUAGCGCCCACCCUGCAGCUUCAGAAGUACUGGAAAGUGUAUUUCGAGUCGCUGGAUUCGCUCGCAAGUAGCUUGGCCGGAGAGAAGAGUGUUGGGUCUGUCAUGACGUCUGUGUAUAAGGAUCUCUCGACUGCUGUAGCCCAAGUUCUCACCAGGGUUAAUGAGGUCAAGCGCAAGGCGUACACGUAUUGUGGGACUCCCCAAUAUGUAAAUGAAGCACCUUCCUUGCCUAGUGCACCCCCUCCCCAUAGACCAACCAGUGAUAGUCACCUCCGGACCCCCCUGGAAUCCAAGAUGGAGGGUGCUAAGUCCAAGAUGCUGCUCCUAAACACGCUGUUCGGUGAGCUGCCCAGUCUCGUUUGUGUUGCGGACGGCGUGGCUGCAGUUAGCGAGCGAAAGGGAGUAGAGAAAUGCUGGAAUGGAACGGCAAUGGCCAGGUACAUCGGUCCUCUGAGCGCAUCAAUGGACGCAUUCCAAAUCAUCGCGAUUGAUAACGCCAAGAUCAGAACUCUUGUCAGCGAGAUGAAGCAAACCAUUAAAACGAUCCAGCGUCACACGCGGAGAGAAAAGAUAGACACUGGCAGCGGAAGCGGAGAAGGUGGAAGUGGAGGUUCCAAUGUCAUAGAUGGUAGCGGAUGCGAUUCAGACGACGACGAUUGUGCCAGUGGAAGUGGAAAGAAUACGGUGGACUUCAGAGGCGACGGAAGAAAAGACGAUGGCGACUUCUACCUAACCGACACCACCACAGCAAACCCAAAUGGCAAACCCACCGUGCAGCUUGAUGGCGGAGUCCUGGGCGCCAAAAACGACAAACGCAGCGCGGCUACAACCGCGGGACUUCAUCAUGCGUUACUCGCAUGCGUGACCGUACUAGCGGUCCUUAUACUCGGAGUAUAGCCCUCGGCGGGGUUCAAAUAGUGCAUUAAUAGGUUCCCGGGUCAAUACGGUAAAAGGCGUCGCUAAUGACGCCCGCGCUUUUAAAGACUUUUAGAAAUUGGGACCAUAACUUUCCUUGACAAAAUUACACGCUAUUUUUGAAAUAAGGUUUCGCGGAUACCCUUGAAAAUUGCGAACGUUUACGAAGGGUCCUAUGAUAUCCUACUUUGUAAGAACCCUGAAUCCGACCAUGGUAAGGACAGACAAGGUUUAUGAAACAAGAAAUACUCCCUUGCCCCCCUCUUCUUAAAAAGAGACAUUUGUCAAGGAAUGUGAAAUUAGCCGUUUACAGUCAAUAAGGACUCACACCCGAAUAUUACAACCUUUAAGUCAGCCGUUACAUCACCGCCGAAUAGUACCGAGUACGAAGCCGUCACGAGUCACCUCGGAAUAGAACCGGAGUCACCCCGACUCGUGCCGACUUACAACGGAAUAUUACUGCCAUUAAGUGAGCCGACAAUUAUCAAAUUUCCUGAAAAAUGAAGCUCCAUACAUUUUCUAUAAAAUUAGUUAAGGGACCGCUUUGGUAUCUUAUGGGUAUGUUACAAAAAUCCCCUAACAAAUUCGAGGGAUUCAAAAAUUUGGGGAAAAACGAACCUGCCAAUCCUUGGCUUACUAAAGGAAUAGCGCAUUUCAGAGGAAGAAAGUCAAGUUACCCAACUACCUGUGGAAAAAAAGAUAUCGAGGGGUAAAGAAAAACUACCCGUCGCAUAUCAAAUAGUCGGUCCUUGACCCGUUUUACCAAUGGCAAGGGGCCAACGGUGAUAACGGGUUUCUGCUAAACAGUGCUAAGCUGUGUGAAUCGGUUUCUGUAAAUCAGACUUUAUCCUUACUAUCCUGUAAUGAUAUUAUUCUUUGUGUACUCUUGCUGAUAACUCCUACUAGUUUCGAAAUUAUUGUAAAUAACUACAAUUUAUUAAUCUUUAUUUGGUACAUGAUACAACAACGUGACAUCAUGACAUUGUUAUUCUU